UGAAGUCUUGUUAGUUUUUUAAAGUGCGCGGAGAAAGCGCUGUAGUUAGUGCGAGCAGUGCGUAGCAAAUAUCACUGAUUUACACAUACACACGAUCUAACCUUAAUCCUGGUUUAAUCAGCGAAUACGGCUGGAGUGCAGCACGCACUACUACUGCAGCAGCAGCAGCACGUGUAUAGAGAAAUGUAGUGCGGCGGCGCGGUGGAGGGCGGUGGGUGUGUGGUUAUAUUUUUACCCAGUGAACUCUUCGGCUUAAAAGAAGGCGGUGCAGCUCUUCAGGCCAGAAGCGCAGGAGUCUCUCUGUAGAGCAGCGAGCACGCGAGUGGAUGGAUGAACGGAUGGAGGGCUGGAUACUGAACCUUAGCUAGCUGACGACCGUGUGGUGCUGUGUACUUAACUUACUGGGUUGAGGACUUUGCGAGGAUUCACGUGUUUACAGCAGUUUGUCUGAAGGAACCUCAAGGAAGGCAAACAUGGCUGAAGCUUCAUCCAGCAGCGAGAGCGAGUCUUACAGCGUACUCACCUGGGACCAGGUGAGCCGCCUGAACGAGGUGCUGACCGAGGCGGUGCCGGUCCAUGGCCGAGGCAACUUUCCCACACUGGAGGUCCGGCUGAAGGACAUUGUGCAGAUGGUGCGUAACCGCCUGGAGCAGAGGGGCAUUCAGGUCAAAGACAUCCGCUUGAAUGGCUCUACAGCCAGCCACGUCCUGGUGAAAGACAUCGGUUGGUGCUACAAAGAUCUAGACAUCAUUUUCCGAGUGGACCUCCCCCAGGAAGCACAGUUCCAGCUCAUCAAAGAUGUGGUGCUGGGCACUUUGUUGGACUUCCUGCCAGAGGGGGUGAACAAGGAGAAAAUCACACCCAUGACCCUAAAGGAGGCUUAUGUGCAGAAACUUGUGAAAGUUUACACCGAGCAGGACCGCUGGUCCCUCAUCUCCCUUUCCAACAACAACGGCCGUAAUGUGGAGCUCAAGUUCGUGGACUCGAUCCGCAGGCAGUUCGAGUUCAGCGUGGACUCCUUCCAGAUUAUUCUGGACUCACUGCUCUCAUAUUAUGACUUCUCAGAAACCCCCAUGUCUCAGCAUUUCCAUCCCACUGUGCUUGGGGAAAGUGUGUAUGGUGACUUCGCUGUUGCUCUUGACCACCUCAAGAACAAGAUGAUCGCCACCAAAAGGCCAGAGGAGAUCCGUGGGGGUGGGUUGCUGAAAUAUUGUAACCUCCUGGUAAGGGACUUCAGGCCCACGGAUGAGGAGGAGUUUAAAGCUCUGGAGCGUUACAUGUGCUCUCGGUUUUUCAUUGACUUCCCCGACAUCGGUGAGCAGCAGAGGAAACUUGAGGCCUACCUGCAGAGUCAUUUUGUGGGCGAAGAGAAGAGCAAGUAUGACUACCUCAUGAUCCUGCGGCGAGUCGUGAACGAGAGCACAGUGUGCCUCAUGGGACACGAAAGGAGGCAGACUCUCAACCUCAUCUCACUCACAGCGUUCCGGGUGCUGGCAGAACAGAAUGCCAUACCAGAUGCAUCCAGUGUCACCUGCUACUACCAGCCUGCGCCUUAUGUCAGAGACUUGAACUUCAGUAACUAUUAUGUGGCCUCAUGUAACCAGUCCAUUCCAACAUGGCUGCCGUGCAACUAAGACAUUCAAAAGUAGAUGUUUCGUUGUCAGGGGGAAGAAAAUUAAAUAUAAAGAGUGGCCAUUAGGCCAUAUGUGCCAUUUUCCCCUGCAAGCAUAAUAUACAUAUUUAAAAGGACUAUUUGCUUUUUGUGUUUUUCCUGUUCCUUUUUUUUUUUUUCUUUUUUUUUGGGGGGAGCUUAUUUCUUAUCUGCAGAAGGGUUGAGACCUUUGGAUCCAAAGUGAUUAUAUUUUUAGUGCUUAGAUUACAUUUAUAUAUACUGAUGGGUAUCCUUUAAAUUUGGUUUGUAGCUUAUAUUUGUGUCUCUAAAUGGAGUAGUUCAGGCCUAAAAUCUUAUGUGCCUUAAUGCUUCCCUAACACAGAUGGAAAAAGAAAAUAUACAAAAUAUAAAAUCUUCAGGGGAAAAAAAAAGUUUGAGGAACAGUGUUUGAUAUAUUUCUUGCGAUAAAAUGAAAAUGGAAAAAAAAAUCUAUGAAAAAAGUUUAAAAACUAUUAAAUGUAAAUUGGAAAAAAAAAUACAAAAGGCUUUUGGGGAGAAAAAAAAAACGAGCACAGGCCUAAACAGCAAAUUCCAAUAUGCUAUGAGGAGGGUUUUUUUUUGGGUGUGUUGUGUUUAGUAUGUGAUGUCUCCCCUCUUUCAUUCCCUCCCCCCUUUUUUUAACCACUACUGGUGAGCUGCUGAUAUGUUUAAAAGCCUUUGCCUUUAUGUGCAUUUUUAUCUUUUCCUGUUGCUCUCAGCUAAUCAUUAGUUCUAGUGGGGUGAAGGGAUCUUCAUGCUUCUGUUCUGAUGGUUACAGGUGUGAAAGCGUUGUGAGUAUGGCAUUUGCAGUGUGCUUCAGUCUAACUCCUCCUUUACUGGGUAUUUUUAGUGUUCUGGGUAUUACAUGCUUUCGGCGCUGUACAGCUGCUAUCUGUAAGCUUAUUCAAUCAUGCGUAGUUUGUGUAGUUGCUGUAUAGCCCGGGUCACAGUGUAGUCACUGAACAUGGCAAGAGCAUGGUUUCAGACAAGUUUGAAAUGAAUAGUGUAACAUGAGGGAGGGUUUUGGCUAUGUCAGCUGCAGCAAGGGGUAGGUCUGCUACCUUUUUGAAUGACUGCCCUAUGCAGGAAGUCGGUUCUAAAUGAAAGCAUGAGAGAGAGAGGGUGUGAGUGAGUUAGUGAGGGAGACAGAAAGAGUGAGCAAGGUUGUCCCUUUCCUUAAAAGGGUAAGGCUGUGGGUGUCCAGUCCUCUUGAGUCUAUCACGAUCCUUAGCAGGCUUUGCAUCGCUCGCUGUGUAACGAGACUCCACGCUGGUGUCACACUGCUCUAUAUUUAUCCAGUGAGGAGCACGGGUUGGGGGAAUGAGGGUGGGAAUAUGCGUAUGUGGUGUUCCACCUCGUGUGAGGGGUUAGUAUGCUCAGCAGUGGGGCACCCUUGUCUGGUCAAAAGUAAAAGAAGAGCUGAGCAUGGUCAUGUUCAUGGAAACACUACUUCGUUCCAAUUCUGGACUGCUUUUUACUGACCACUGUUAAUGCUGUGGUUUAUGUUUCACACACAGCGUCAGCAUGUCUUUAUCACACUUGCAUUAUGAUUUAGAGCUACUCCUGUCACAUCUUAGAUCGAUAAUCAUGCCAGAUCAUAUUAAAUGGCCUAAAUUGUUAAUCUGUACAAUGUGGGUAGACCCAGGUAUUGUCCCAGGAUUCCACUGCCUGCCUGAAAGGCCUUCUUCUGCCCUCAUUAGCUUACUCGGCACAUAAAGGUGAGAGAAAUGCUGGAGAUCCCUCUGGCUGCCCUUACGUAAUGGCUACAGCUAACAGCUGCCCCGAUAGCCCAUACCAAGGCUCUGGCUUCCCCCCCCCCCCCCCCCUCUUUCUCUUCUCUCUGCAAGAGCGUGCACACACAGCUGCUGCCGGUUCAGCAUGCACAGGCACACUAGCACACGCUCUGAUAACCUGAAGAGCUGGACUUGGCCUCUUAUCUGCUUCACACACAGACUUUGGGAGGGAGGAGGGGGUGGGUCACAGUAGCCUCUGCUGCAGGCCCCGGUCACACCCCUAGGUCAGAGCAGUUUGAACCAGAGUUUGUCCUGCUUUUUGCUUCUUUUUUUCCCCCUUCUUGUCUGGCUAUCAGUUAUUGUUUUGUGUGUAGAAAUUUAGACUGUGGACCAGUGUUUGAACCAGCAACAAAACACAAGUGCCUUACUGAGUUUGUGGCAGUCUGUUUUGAGUCUAUGGAAUAUGAGCAUUGACUGAAUUACCACAUUUUGUAUUUUUUUCUUUUUUUUUGUUUCUUAAAUUUGUUACAUUUCCCAAAAACGUGCAAAUGGAAUUUGAAUGGGAUUAGAACAAGUGACCUUAUGGAUCUAGUUCUUUUUGGUGUAAUGUGAAAAGUGCCACCUUAGUUUUUCUUGUUGUCUGUGAACAGCCUAAACGCUGCAAUACUGCUACCCAACUUUUCUCAAACCUAGUUGUCUAGUCAUUCCAGUAAUUGUUGCUUGUUUGAGGCUGUGUGUGUUUAACACCCUCGUUACCUCCCACUCCACCACACCACCAAAGCAGAGCAUAGAGCACUGAGCAGUUUUUGCCAUAUGAGGAUGAAUGACUGACUCAAACACCCCCAGUAAACAGAUGCACUUUAAAUCUUACUAACCCAGGUAGCUGUGGAAGCAUAAAUAUAAGCUCUAAAUGAGGCCGGGACGAGGCAGAGGAGGGAUCUCAGGGAGAUGGGACAUGUUUGUGGGAUUCAUGUAUCUUUAAACUGUGGCUUAUACCCUAAUUGGUCCUGCCCCGUUUGUGUGUGUGUGUGUGUCCGUGUCCGUGUGUGUGUGUCCGUGUGUGUCCGUGUGUGUGCGCGCGUGUGUGUGUGUGUGUCCCAGGAUGUGUUUUCAGAGGAGAGUAUGUAUUAUGUAAAUGUCAUCUCCUGCCUGUGCUGCAUUGUUGUCUGCUUUGCUUCUUUCUAUGUGUCUGAGUUUCUUUGGCUGUCAGUUCCCCAUUAGUGGUCUUGGUUCUGUGUCAAUAUUUUAAACCACCACCACUUAAAAAAUAUGUAGGAUGUGAGGAUUAAGACCACUGAUGUGAACAAAUGUGAUCUGUAGAUCAGUCCUGCUGUAGCUCCUAUUGAUCUGCUCGUGAUUGGCUCCUAAACCCGUCAUUCUCAACUCUGGUCAUGGGUUGCCUCUACACAGGUCCUACAAAUGUUGUCCAACUAAUAAUCAAUCAGUAAUUAAAAAGCCCUAAAUUGGUGAGGACAAAGGGUGCUACAGGACCACAGUUAAGACCGUGACCGUGCCGAACAUGAAUGGUUUGAUCUGACACAGAGCAAGCAAUAGGUUUCUUGUAAAUAGGGGGACGUUUGAAACCGAUGCAUUCAGAGUUGUGUUCAUAGUUGUGUGUUUUUUUUUUUUCUCCCUUUUUUUUUUUUUGUUCUCCCCAGCUAUAAUUCCAGAAAAAUCCCAAUUCUGACAUUUCCCUUAUUUUUCCUGUCUCUGGAUGAAGAUGUUUUUGAGCUUUGCUUAUAUGUUGCACUACUAGAGCUAUGAAUGCAUAAAUGUAUUUGUUUCAUGUUUUUCUGGGUUUGGACAAGGGUCUAAAGUGCAAAGGCCUUUAUUUUUCUUUUUAGGAGCUCAAAUUCUACGGUGCGGGAGAAUUGGUGAGAUUUGCAGUAGAUGCUGUUUACAUUUUAUUUUGUUUCUUAUCUGCUGUUUGUCUGACGAUGCCAUUGAUUGUGAGUUGAAAAGGUUAAAAUAUGGAAGUGUUGCACUAUAUAUUCUUUUGAAUUUCAUUGGAAAGAGCUUACUUGUCAGCUUGGUGAUUUUUGAGGACUAUGAAGAUGUUUCUUUGAUUUUUUUUUUAUUUUUUUUUUUAUUUCUUUUCUUUUCUUUCCUUUUUUUUUUUGUUUCCUCAGCACUUUUACCUCACUUUAAUUUUCCUUUGGAUGGAACUGAACAUCGGGAAAAUGUGUUAUAUGAAGAGGGGAAAGAAAUAAAGUAUUGAACCCCA